AUGCGAUCAUGCGUCCGGACCGCGAGCAGCCUCCUGCAUGGCUGGCGGAUGCAUCCUGCCCGCCUCAAUGGCUUCCCAACCGCGUCCCGCGCCCUUGAACGCACCCGCCACGGCGUCCCCUCCCUCGUCUCCCUCCCCUCCCUCAUCCCCUCGAGAGGCUACGCGCACGUCUUCCGCCCACAGUCGGAGCUCGAGAAGCGCAUUGCCGACAUCCCCAUCGAGCGCUACCGCAACUUCUGCAUCGUGGCCCACGUCGACCAUGGCAAGUCGACGCUGUCGGACCGGCUGCUGGAGCUCACGGGCACCAUCGCCCCGGGCGGCAACAAGCAGAUCCUCGACAAGCUGGACGUGGAGCGCGAGCGGGGCAUCACGGUCAAGGCACAGACGUGCACCAUGAUCUACAACUUCGCCGGCGACGACUACCUGCUGCACCUGGUCGACACGCCGGGCCACGUCGACUUCCGCGCCGAGGUGUCGCGCAGUUAUGCCAGCUGCGGCGGCGCCCUGCUGCUGGUCGAUGCCAGCCAGGGCGUGCAGGCGCAGACGGUGGCCAACUUCUACCUCGCCUUCGCCCAGGGCCUGACGCUGGUCCCGGUGCUGAACAAGGUCGACCUCCCCCACGCCGACCCGCCCCGCGUCCUCGAGCAGAUGCGCGACACGUUCGAGCUCGACCCCAAGGCUGCCGUGCUGGUCUCAGCAAAAACAGGCCUGAACGUCGCCGCCCUGCUGCCCGUCGUCAUCGACAAGAUACCCGCCCCGGUCGGCGACCUCGCAAAGCCCCUGCGCAUGCUCCUCGUCGACUCGUGGUACGAUGUCUACAAGGGCGUGGUGCUGCUGGUCAGGAUAUUCGACGGCCAGGUGCGCCCGGGAGACACCGUCAGGUCCUUCGCCACGGGCCUCAAAUACAUCGUGGGUGAGGUCGGCAUCAUGUAUCCCCACCAGAUCUCGCAGACGGUCCUCAAAGCUGGCCAGGUCGGCUACAUCCACUUCAACCCCGGCAUGAAGCGCUCUCAGGACGCCAAGGUGGGGGACACAUACACCACGCUUGGCUCGGAGAAGAUUGUAGAGCCCUAUCCUGGCUUCGAGGAGCCUAAGAGCAUGGUCUUCGUGGCUGCUUUCCCGACAGACCAAGAUAACCACGAGCAUCUGGACGACAGCAUCAAUCAGAUCAUCCUCAACGACCGCAGUGUCACCCUGCAGAAGGAGUCCUCGGACGCUCUGGGUGCAGGCUGGCGCUUGGGAUUUCUGGGCACAUUACACUGCUCCGUCUUCGAAGAUCGUCUGCGUCAAGAGCACGGCGCAAACAUCAUCAUCACGCCGCCCUCAGUCCCCUUCAAAGUCAUCUGGAGAGACGGCACCGAAUCCAUCAUCACAAACCCCAACGAAUUCCCUGACCAAGACCAAGUGCACAUCAGGGUCCAAGAAAUCCACGAGCCCUACGUCUCCGCAACCAUCACCCUCCCAGGCGAAUACCUCGGCGAAGUGAUCAAGCUCUGCGAAUCUAACCGUGGUGAGCAAAAGGAACUCACCUUCUUCACCGCCACGCAAGUCAUCUUGAAGUACGACCUGCCGCUGUCUCAUCUCGUAGACGACUUCUUCGGCAAACUCAAAGGCGCGACCAAGGGUUACGCAUCUCUCGACUACGAAGACGCAGGCUUCCACCGAUCCUCCAUUGUGAAGCUCAACCUACUCGUCAACGGCGUGCCUGUCGACGCCGUGUCGCGCGUCAUGCACACUUCCCAAGUUGACAAGGUGGGUCGUUCAUGGGUGGAGAAGUUCAAGGAACACGUUGACCGCCAGAUGUUCGAAGUCGUGAUCCAGGCUGCAACCGGACGACGCAUCGUGGCGCGUGCAACUAUCAAACCGUUCAGGAAGGAUGUGUUGGCCAAGCUGCAUGCGAGUGAUUUGUCGAGAAGGAGGAAACUGCUCGAAAAGCAGAAGGAGGGGCGCAAGCGUCUAAGGUCCGAGGAUCGCCCUUUGGCUCGUUUCAUCGAGAGGCUGAUACUUCGAUUCCGCAAGUGUAUCGCACCACUUCCGCUGCUACUAGGUUUUGUAUUCACUCAAAAAGCAAACAGACAUCUCCUCGAACCUCCCACUUUCAUGCGUGUUCAAUCAACACAUUUUCGCAUCCCCACCCGGAUACACCACAUCUCAGAACCCCAGGAUCAAGCUGCCACGCACACGGCCAUGCACAUGCACAUGGACGACGUUGACACUUCAAUUCCCCGGGGCAACAUUCCGAACCUAUGCAUCUUCCAAAUACCCAUCUUCCAGGCCAUAGACCAGGGUUCCCACGAUUAG